UUUUGAGAUCUUCUAAAAAACAUAUAAAAUCUCCAUUCGAAUGGAAGAUGAUCUUAAAAACUUGUUUUUCAAAAGACGAAAAUCUGCUGUACGAAAUGAUUAUAUAUAAAUGGCUGAAGAUUGCUUCCUCUUCAGUUAGAAUAUUGAUGAAACAGCAUUCAUUAUGGACAACGUUUUCAGAUUUCUGUUGAUGUCCAUUGGAUUAUUCAUUGCUAAUGCGUACGUGAAAGAAGAGGACUUCAAUGAAAAAUUGUAUAAUUUCUGUAAGAAGUGGCACAAAAGAUGUGAUAUAAUAGCUGGAAUUUCGAACGAAGAACUGGAUGAAAUAAAAAAUGGUAACUUUGAUGGUUUCGAUGAGCAAACUACUGAGAAGAUUCAGAGAUACAUAACAUGUUUAUGGAUUGGAUCAGGUGAGAUGUCACCUAAUCUAGAAGUGGACCUUGAUGUGGUACAAACUUUCAUGCCUGAAGUGCUCAAAUGUAAUGGAACACG